AUUAAAACUCAGAGACUCGCCAAUCAUUUUCCGGAGUCAGUAGCUUACGUAACUCGGUCUUACAAGUGCCCCUAGAUCCGAAGCUGGAUCGACUUUCAUCCAACAUUGCCAGAUAUAGUUGAUAACAGUUGGCCAUCAUGUUAUCACCGGGCGAAAUUGAAGAUCCCCAAAUAACCAGCGAACAAUUAUUGUCGCUCAAAAGCGACAUCCGCAUCAUCGACAUGCUAGAAGAGCUGGCGCACAAGCACUGCCCGUCCCAAUUCCAAGAUAUCGAGGCCGGAGGAAAAGUCUCCAAGUCCAACGAAAAAGCCCUCGCCUUUAGAGAUGAGGGCAGGAAAAUGCUGCGGCAGAAAAACUACAUAAAAGCCCUGCUGGCCUUCACUCAGAGCGUGUCGAAUGCCGAAGACCAGUCGGAAAUGUUGGGGCUGGCCUACGCUGGUCGAGCUGAGGUGUUGUUUGAACGAGGCUAUUUCACUGAAUGUAUACAGGACAUAGAGCGCGCGAUGCAGAACAAUUACCCUACAGACUUGCAGGCCAAGUUGUUGGAGAAAAAAACUCUAGCAGAGGAUCAGAAGCCGACUCAGCCCCCUAGGAGAUAUCACGACGACAUACCAACUCUGCCCCAUCCGAACCCCAAAAUUCCGUGUGCUUCCCAGCAGGUUGAUAUCCAGAAGGAUCAGUUUGGGGGGAAGCACAUAGUCGCCAACACUAACAUUGAAGCUGGGGAAAUCAUCGCAGUAGAAAAGCCAUAUGUGGUAGCAAUAGGAACCAAACCUUCCCAGCGAUAUUUGCAUUGUCACGAAUGUCUGGAACUUUGCUAUAAUCUCAUACCGUGCCCCAACUGUAGAACCACCCUGUACUGCAGCGACAAAUGCAAAAAUACUGCAAGGGAUUCAUACCAUUACAACGAGUGCGAUUUAUGCCAGUUCGACUUCAAUGAACUAUUGAGUGUAAAAACCGUCCUCAAGGGCUUGAAGCAGUUGAUCGAUGGAAGCGAAAAUGGCCAGUUUGAUGGCGCCGUUUACAAAUCAGAUCGAUACGAAGAAAUCCAGGAACUACAAACGAACAAGGAAAAACGAUCGGUGCGCGAUCUCUUCGAGGCAGCAAAUGAAGCCUGCAUUAUCGACCAUUUCCUGGCCAAAUACUCCGACUUUUUCUCCAAAACUCAAAUCUCGAGCGAACGCCUCAAGGAGCUGCUGUUCCACCACUACUUCAACACCACCCUCAAUAAAAUUUCGGUGGAAAAGACCAAGAAAAACUCCAUAGACACCGAGUUCCAUGAAGUGGCCGAGGCGAUUUAUGCCUUUUCCAGCCUGCUGAACCAUCAUUGUUAUGGAAACGUUACUCCGGUCUUCUAUGGAGGGACUCUAGUACUGAAAGCUGCUAGAAAUAUCAAAAGUGGAGAAUCUUGCACUCUAACAUACCGGAAUUUCAAUUUUGCUGAAUACCCCAAACUGGUGCGAAGCCACCAGCUAUGGAAGCUCUACCAGUUCACUUGCACCUGUGAGGCUUGUGAGAACAACUGGCCGAUCUUCGAAUGCCUCAAUUCGGGCGACGUGGAAAAAUAUCAAAAAUUGGUGGAGCAGAUCAAAACGGCAUUGAGUCCAGCCAGUCUGGAUGUGGGCGGAAUCCUCAAAAUCCUACUGAAGAAAGUUAAGGAAUUUUCGGCGUCGGAACCCACCAAGGUUGACGUGAAUGUUAAAAGAAUCUUCUGCGAUUUGUUGAAGUUUAAUGGAAAUAAAAUUGUUGAUUUCUAGA